UGCGACUCACUAAAAGCAGAGGCGCAUCUUCAUAAUAGUGACUAAUAUCAUAAAUACAACUGUCAAUUGCUUAUUUACAUACAAUUAUAUUAAUUGAUACUUUUAAAUUAAUUUUUGAUAGCUAAAAGUGAAUAAAUAAAAAACAAAUAUGGCAUCUUGUCUUGAAAAUGUACAAAUUCCAUCCUGUGUUUGGUUUGAAGCCGAAGAUAAACGUAAUUCGUUAAUGUCAAUGCUUGCUGGAACACUGUUUUUUACAGGCUGGUGGUUUAUUAUUGAUGCUCAUGCUCAAUAUCCUGAAGAAAUGUCAAGUGCGUACCAUGUUUGUGGUGUUUUUGGUACAAUAUCAUUAUUUAUGGUGAAUUCAGUAACAAAUGCACAAAUUCGAGGUGAUUCAUACAACGGUGGAUGUUUAGGUUCUAGAGGAGCACGUGGAUGGUUGUUUGUCGGUCUUGUUAUGGGAUUCGCAGCUGUUAUUGCUGCCUGUUGGAUAUUAUUUGCUGAUUUCGUUGCUAAAGACGAUAAACACAGUUGGCCAGGUGUUGGUUUACUAUUACAAAAUUUAUUCAUAUUUUUUGGAUCACUGACAUACAAAUUUGGACGAUCCGAAGAUCAGUAGGGUUGAAAAAUAACAAGAUACAAUUUUUUAUGAUCAAAAAACUUUUACAUCAUUCUUUUUUUACUUAAAAUACAUGAUAAUUAAUUACAAUAAUAAUAAUAAUAACAUUAUUAAUAGUAAUGAGAAAUGAGAAUAAUAAUUAUGACGAUGAAAUGGCAGUCAUAUAUAACGCAAGAGUGAAUGAUUUAUAAAAAUAAUAAUUCUAAUAAUAUUCUUUGUGAUUAUUUAUUGAUGACUUGAUUUAAACUAUUCUCACAUACAUGCAACAAUAAUAACUAAAUUAUUUAGUAAGUAAAUGUAUAAUAAAUAAAAAAUAAAAAAAAUUUA